AUGUAUCGUCGGGCGUGUGGUACUCUUGAAACAAUUUUCGAGAACGCAAGCGAUGAUGAAAGUUCAACCGCUUUUCAACAUCAAUCUGAAAUUAACCUUAUUGCCGAAGUUGAUUCCAUACAAGCAUCCAAUGAAAAUCGCG